CCACGAUUCGCGGCUUCAUCAGGCACGCCCCUUUUUCUCGACACAAGCUCCGACGGAUCGGUUCAAAUGUCACAUCACUAACUAGAAGUUUUGAAACGAGCAGGAAUAUCUGGAGGUGCUGCAACUGAACUGAGAAGAAGAUGUUUGUUAAAGAACAGGAGAUUGAGGAGAACUCGAGUGAAGCAGCAGAUCCCUGGAGAAUAAAACACGAGGAACAAGCAGACCUGAUGGAAGAGAGCGAUGAGAGAGAAGAACUGAGUGAAGAGGAGGAGGAACAUCAUGUCCAACCUGGAGAAAAACCUUUGAGUCGUUCAAAGACUAAAAAGACAUUUUUAAAGAAGAGAAGAGCCAAGAAAUCUUUCACCUGCACUCAGUGUGGAAAGAGUAUCACAACCAAACUUAGUCUAGAGACUCACAUGAGAAUCCACACUGGAGAGAAGCCGUUCUCAUGUGAUCAAUGUGGAUGGAGCUUCAGACAAAAACCAAAUCUUAAGAAACACAUGAUGAUCCACACCGGAGAGAAGCCGCAUGAAUGUGAUCAAUGUGGGACAAGCUUCGCAGCUAAAGUAUGUCUUCAGGAACACAUGAGGAUCCACACCGGAGAGAAGCCGUUCUCAUGUGAUCAGUGCGGGAAGAGUUUUCCAUACCAACGAAGUCUUGAUGUUCACAUGAGAGUUCACUCUGAAGUGAAGCCGUUCACCUGCGAUCAGUGCGAGAAGUGUUUCACACAAAAAAUACACCUUAAGAUUCACAUGAGGAUCCACACUGGAGAGAAGCCGUACGCAUGCGAUAAAUGUGAGAAGACAUUCACAAUUUCAUCACACCUUAAGAGUCACAUCAUGAUCCACACGGGAGAAAAGCCGUUCAUGUGUGAUCAGUGUGACAAGAGAUUCCCAAACAAACGAAAUCUUGAUUUUCACUUAGGAGUUCACACCGGAGUGAGACCGUUCGCAUGUGAUCAGUGCGAGAAGAGUUUCAUGGAUUCUUAUAAACUUAAAAGACACAUGAAAGUCCACACUGGAGAGAAGCCGUACGAAUGUGAUAAAUGUGGGACGAGUUUCACGGAAUCAUCAAAACUUAAGAGACACAUGAGGAUCCACACCGGAGAGAAGCCGUUCACAUGCGAUACAUGUGGAAAGAGUUUCAGGGAUUCAGGAGAUCUUAAGAAACACACAAGGAUCCACACUGGAGAAAAGGCUUUCACGUGUGAUCAGUGUGAAAAGAGAUUCUCAAACAAAGAAAAUCUUAGGCUUCACAUGAGAAUCCACACUGGAGAGAAGCCGUUCACAUGUGAUCAAUGUGGGAAGAGUUUCGCACAAAAAUCAUGGCUUGAUGUUCACAUGAGAGUUCAUACUGGAGAGAAGCAGUUCAUGUGUGAUCGGUGUGAAAAGAGAUUCGCUCGGAGACAAAAUCUUAAUGCUCACAUGAAGAUCCACACCGGAGAGAAGCCGUUCUCAUGUGAUCACUGCGGCAAAACAUUUCUGCUGUCAUCAAACCUGAAGAAACACCUGACCGUUCAUACGAAGGAGAAGCCGUAUUCAUGUUCUGUGUGUGGAAAUAGUUUUUCACUGCUGCAAAGUUUACAAAAACAUCAGAAAAUACACACUGGUGUAAGAGAGUUCAUGUGCUUUGAGUGUGAGAAGACUUUUAUUACAGCUCAACAUUUAAAACUGCACCAGAGAAUUCACACUGGAGAAAAACCUUACAAGUGUUCACACUGCGACAAGAGAUUCAGUCUGUCUGGAAAUCUGAAAGCGCAUGAGAAGAUCCACAGCAGAGAGAAGCCGCACACGUGUGAUCAGUGUGGAAAGAGUUUCUCUAUUAAAAAUCAGCUGAAGAUACACAUGAAGAUCCACACAGUGGAGAAACCACCUAGUGGAGAAACCAAUUAGUUUCCUAACAGCCAUGAUGAGGGGCAGGACAGAUUGUAUGGUGGGCGUUGUGACAAUUUUAUUUUGUGAUCUUGAAGACUUCUACGAACUACUCAUCAAUUGAAUCAUCAAGAUUGUCAUAUUUUAUGUCUUUAUAAAAGGCUUAACUACACUGUAAUCAAUUUAAGCCUCAAAACUAUGUAUA